AUGCUGAGUCCACGGCAAGGCCUUCUCAGGCCGGUGGGAUGCGGGGUGGAGGAGCUGCGGCGCCGCCGGCGGGAGCGGGAGGCAGCACUGCGGCGGGCCCGGAGGGAGCAGCAGCUGGUCAGCAAGAGGCUGCUGAGAGACGACACCCCAGAGGAAGCCGAAGGGGGAUGUGUGGCCUCCAUCCUCGGGGAAGCCGAGAUCCAGCAGUUCCUGUGGUUAGCCCAGCGGGGAACAGAGGAAAAGGAGAGAGAAGGAGCUCUGGUCAGCCUUCGUCGAGGCUUGCAGUACCCAGAGACACAGCAGACCUUCAUCAGGUUGGAGGGCAGCAUGCGGACCCUGGUUGGGCUCCUGACCAGCAACCACGCCCUGUUGCAGCUUGAAGCGGCUCGGUGCCUUCAUGAGCUCUCUCAUUCCGAGCAGUCUGAGGUGGCUGAGGCCUGCCUGCCAGCCACGUCCUACCUUCUCACCUACCUCGCCGGUCACAGCUCAGACCUUAUAGAGCUCUGUCUGUAUACACUGGGUAACCUGAUUGUGGAGAGUGAAGCUGGGAGAAGGCAGCUCCUGCCACAGGGCAUUGUUCCAGCCUUGGCUUCCUGCAUCCAGUCCCCCCAUCUGCCUGUGCUUGAAGCCCUUGGAUAUGCCUUGUCCCAGCUCCUGCAGGCUAAGGAAGCGCCAAAGAUCAUCAUCCCUUCCGUCCUGGCCUCCUCUAUUCCCCAGCAUAUGCUGCGACUAUUGCAACCUGGACCAAAGCUGAACGCUGGGGUCGCUGUGGAGUUUGCCUGGUGCCUUCACUACAUCAUCUGCAGCCAGGUCAAUAAUGCCCUGCUCAUCACCCAUGGGGCGGUCUCCACUCUGGGGCUGCUACUGCUGUACUUGGCGGGGUCUGUCCAGAGUUCUGAAGAUGCAGGACUGGAGUUGCUGGUGUGCCCUGUGCUUCGGUGUCUAAGCAACUUGCUAACAGAGGAGGCGGUGGAAGCUGAGGGAGGGCAAGUGCAGCUCAGAGAGGAGCGUGUCGUGGUAUCCGUAUUUAUCCUUCUGCAGUUCCUCCUCCAGAAACACCCCAGCCUGCUUCCUGAGGGCCUUUGGCUUCUUAAUAACCUCACUGCAAACAGCCCUAGCAUCUGUACCUCCUUGCUCUCCCUGGAUCUGAUCAAGCCUCUCUUGCAGUUGUUGCCAGUAUCUAAUGUGGUGAGCGUAUUGGUGCUCACCGUUCUGUGCAACGUUGCAGAGAAGGGUCCUGCUUAUUGCUGGCAUCUGUGGCCAGGGCCCCUGCUCUCCUCCUUGCUGGACACAUUGGCCUUGUCUGACACUGAAGUAGUAGGCCAGAGUUUGGAGCUGCUGCAACUGCUGUUCCUCUACCGGCCAGAGGCUGCCCAGGCCUUCCUGCAGCAAUCAGGGCUGCAGGCCCUUAAAAGGCACGAGGAGGAAGCACAGCUCCAGGACCGAGUGCUUGCUCUCCAGCAGACAGCUCUUCAUAGAUGA